AUUACAUUACAAUAAUAGUAAUAGAAACUAUUAGCCAUCCAAACCAUAUUUCCUCACCUCAUUUCAGUUUUGGCUUACAUUAUCUAUUGCUAUUCCAUGAUAGUUCUGUAUUUCUCAGCCUGGCAUUCCAAUCUGAAAAAUGGGAAUAAGCAUGUAAUUUUUUUUUUUUUGUAAACAGUUCUCAGCUUCCUUCAGGAAAAUGGUUACAGUUUUACUUUUCAGAUUGUUAAGAUUUAAUUCUUUCCCCAUAUUUUCAUCUUACAACACAACUUCAAUUAGAAUGCAUUGGCGCUUCUUUGUAUACUUUAUAUAUACUAUGUUCCUUUGUCAUACCACUAAUUUAAAUUCUGAGUUAUUUUUUUAGUGUUCCUUAUGAGUAGCUUCACUCUAAAAAGAAAAUCUAUAGUGUCAAAAGUACUCACACAGUUCUGUUAGUAGACAAUUCAAUAAUUAAUGAAUUGUCUGUCUAUUCAGGCUGUCAUGUAAACAGUGUAUAAACCCUGAAAUAGUCAUAUGAUGCACCCCUGUGUUUAGAAGAUUUAAAUAUUCAUGUAUGAAAUCAAUGUCUGGAUUUAAAAGAUAAACUGAAAAACCCUGUAAAAACCUAUUUAACAUAUAGGCAUGUGUAAUUAAUUCUGCAACAUGGUUUGCCCAGGCAAGCUCUUCUGGUGGCAUUGGGUUUUAUAUAAAUUUGACAAAUAAAUAAAUGAAAGCUUAAUAAUAUAAAAGAACCAUAUCCAUGAAUCAAGAUAGAGCCAAUGAUAAAUGAACAGAAAAGUUAAAUGAAUUAUAAUUAAUACAAAAUAUCUUUUGUGAAACUCUGCAACUUGGUCUUUUCACUUACAGUUCUGCCUUCAGUACUUCCUCAUACAUUUUCUAUUUAUAGAAAUAUUUACAAGAAGCUUUUCUUGUCUCACAGUGAAAGAGACAAUUUGUAGAUUGUUCACUUGGUUAUAUAGUCCUAUCAGUUUUUUUAAUGGAGCUAUUUCUCAGAAAAGUUCCAAGUAAGAGACCAUAAAGAAGAAUAAGGAUGAUGGAGGAGAAACAGAAGCUUCCAGAAGCCUCAGUGGUCAACCUGGUGCAUGUAUUUGAGAACUUCAGGCCCUGUUGCAGUCCUGAGAAAGAGCACAUCCUUCCCCAGUCUAGGUUACUAACAACUCCAAGUCCUAUGGUACCUUCCAUGCUGCCAUCGGUGACAGGUGAAAGAGCCAUUAGAGACAUUAAGAAAGCUUCAGUUAUACAGCCUGGACAGGUGCACUGUGACGCAGAGUCUUUAGAGCAGCAACAGCAAGCUCCUAAAAUGCUGCCUGUCAAAUGUCUCAGCUCUUUUCGAGGAAAGAUCACUGUUGGCAGUUGGAGGCCAAAACAAGUCUCAGAUUCUCAGCCAAAUUUCAUCAUGCAGUCUGGAAGCAGCAAGAAUCAGGAAGCAGAGGAGAAAAAAAUAGCUUUGGAGCUGCUGGAAACCGAACAGGCUUAUGUGGUUCGCCUUCAUCUUCUAGACCAGGUUUUUUUCUCAGAGCUAAUGAAAGAAGCCAGAACUACAAAGGCAUUUCCCGAAGAUGUAGUAAAAAUGAUCUUCUCUAAUAUCUCCUCCAUUUACCAGUUCCAUUCCCAGUUUUUCUUGCCAGAGCUGAAAAAGCGCAUGGAAGGCUGGGAUUCCAAUCCCAGAAUUGGGGAUAUCAUCCAGAAAGUGGCUCCUUUCCUGAAGAUGUAUAGUGAAUAUGUGAAGAACUUUGACAAGGCAAUGCAUCUGAUCACUGUGUGGUCGGAAAAAGCCUUGCCAUUCCAGGAACUCAUCUCAAACAUUCAGAAACAGGAAGUAUCGGCUAAUUUAACCUUGCAGCAUCACAUGUUGGAACCAAUACAGAGAAUUCCCAGAUACGAACUCCUCCUGAAGGAUUAUAUUCAAAAACUACCUUUGGAAUCACCAGACAAGGAAGAUGCACAGAAAGCUUUGGAAAUGAUUUUCACAGCAGCCAAACAUUCUAAUGUUGCCAUCGCUGAAAUGGAAAGACUCCAGAACCUAUGGGAAGUAUAUCACAGGCUAGGCCUUGAUGAUGACAUUGUUGAUCCUUCUAAUGAAUUUAUUAAAGAAGGACCCAUUCAGAAAAUCUCUUUCCGGUUCAACAGUACCUCAGAGAGAUAUCUGUUCCUGUUUAAUAACCUGCUAUUGUACUGUGUACCAAAAGUCAUUCAAGUGGGUGCCGAAUUUCAAGUGCGCCACCGGAUUGAUGUCAGUGGCAUGAAGGUUCGAGAACUAAAUGAUGUACAGUUUCCUCAUGCUUUCCUUGUGUCAGGAAAGCAGCGCACCCUCGAGCUGCAAGCUAGGUCCCAGGAGGAGAUGAAUGUCUGGAUUAAGACCUUCCAGUCUGCCAUCAACAAGAAAGAAAAGAGGAGUGAAACCUUCAAGGCUGCAAGCCAAGGGCAAGAAGCAGAGACACCAGACUCCAGUCAGGGCCAGUCACAAGAGCUGGGCAAAUGGGCUCCUCAGUGGGUAAGAGAUAAGCUGGUCACCAUGUGCAUGCGCUGCAGAGAGCCAUUCAAUGCUAUCACACGAAGAAGGCAUCACUGCAGAGCUUGUGGCUAUGUGGUGUGUGCCCGGUGUUCUGAAUACAAGGUUGAAUUGCAAUAUGACAAGAAUGGACUCAAACGAGUCUGUGCAGAAUGCUAUGCCUUCCUACAAGGGAAUUUGCUGCCCGUCGAGCAGCAUGGGAAGCACAAAGGCAUUCUGGAGAAAGAAUCAGCAGAGAUAUCAGGCCAGAGCCUGAUAUGUAGUUUUCUGCAGCUGAUGGAUAAGAAUGGAAAAGGGAGCAUGCGUGGCUGGUUUGUGAUCCCACAAGAUGAUCCACUGGUGUUGUAUAUUUAUGCUGCACCUCAGGAUGUCAAAGCCUAUGCCUCUAUCCCCCUGUUGGGUUACCAUGUCAAGGAGCCAUAUCAGAAUAAUCCCCGUCACAUCUUCCAGUUGGUACAAUCCAAACAGACCUAUACUCUGGUUGCUGAAACUGAAGAACUGAAGCAGCGCUGGAUGAAAGCCAUUGAACAGUCAGCCAGGGGAGGAGAAGCGGAAGAAGAUUCAUGUGAUGAACUGGAAUAAUUCAAUCUCCUUGUGAGGCUGUUACAUACUCUGGACUGCCAUUGUAAUAAGCACCAAAUCUGUGUUUUAAAUACAUUCAUAUUUUUCAGUUAUUACUUUUCAGUGGUUGCAAAUCAUAACAUUUUUGUCUAGUUGAGAUUUUCUUGGCUUACUGGUGAACUAUUCAAGUCAUAGUAAUUGUUGAUUUGUCAUUUACAUUUGCAAAUUUGUAUUGAUAGACUGUCCUGUUCAUGUACAUAUUACAUGCUGGUACAAAUAAUACUUCCUAUUCAUACAUAUACCUUUUUUUUGAUCUACAGCUAUGUCAGGGAAAUUAUUUUCUGAUCAGAAAUUCUGACACUGAAGAGUCCUUCCUUCCAUCUAUAAAAGAAAGGUGAAUGGGAUCUUUAUCCCAAUUCCACCUACAAAAUAUAACCUGUGACAGGGUCGACCUCUCUUUCAGGCCCAAGGAGAAAUGUGUACAUGGCAUGCUAACUUACAUUACUUUUAAAACAUUUAGAUAUGUUCAUGGAGGUUAAACCUACAUUUGAUCUUUUGCUAUAAGAGCUAAAUUAAAUCUUCAUAUUCAGAAAAACAAUGUAGAGAAAAUGGCAGAUGAUUCUUUUGUCUGUCAGGCUUUUUUUAGUGAAUUUCUAAAGAUAGAAAUUCUCCAGAAAACUGGAGACUGACUGCUGGCUCAAAUUGGCCAUGUGUGUACACCAAGAAAUGGCCCAAAGAUAUUUUAGGAGGUUACAUUGGUGAACCUGAACUUGUUGAAUGUUUCAAACCAGAAAUAAAGUUGGACUAUCUGAAUUCAUUUCAACAAUAUGAUAAUUACUGCAGAUUGCCUAGUCUAUUUCUGACAUUUCUAAGUACAUAAUUAUUUUAUUCUUUAGCUAAUUAUUUUCUUAUUUCUAAUCCCUUUCCUUUUCAGGUUAGUAAAUCUCUAUUUCUUUAUUUUUUCAGUCUCAGUCUUACUGGACUUAUCAUUAUGUUGAUGGAAGAACCCAUUUACAAUGGUCUUCAGACCAUUUAUCUGUACUGUGUAUUUUAUUGUCAAUUAUUCAAAAUUAAGAUAUCAAUGUUUAUCUGAUGAACUAUUAAAUUAUGGCAAGCUGAAUUUUAGAGAGAAA